UAUUCGGUCCGCACGGCCCUGCCGGAACUGAUGCGCAAUCGUGAUCCCGAGGAAGCCAAGAUUAGGGAGCUGAUCGAGUUGGGAUCAGCCUUACCGCUACCGAACACGGUCACCCCAGAUGGGCCGAGAAUCAUACUUAUACGCCCCGGGGUGUAUGACCCGAGCCGUUACACUAUUCAGGAGAUAUUCAAGUACAACAGCAUGAUGGCCGAUAUUAUGAUGAGGGAGGACGAUAAUCUGAUCGUAGCGGGACAGAUGGGAAUCCUGGAUCUUGCCAACACUGGCAUGGCCCACUUCCUGCAGUUCAAUCCCUCUUUCGUGAAGAAGAUGACCAUGUGGAGCCAGGAAGGGUCUCCGUUGCGUCAGAAGGGCUUCCACUACGUCAACACGCCGAGCGGGUUCGAGUUGGUUUACAACAUGUUCAAGAACUUCCUCAAUGAAAAGAACCGCUCUCGGCUACACGUCCACGGGAGCAACCUGGAUUCACUGUACGAGCACAUACCGAAGAGCAUGCUGCCAGCUGAGUACGGCGGUGAAGCGGGCCCAAUCCAGGAUCUUGUGAAUGCAUGGGCUAAGAAGGUGCUAAGCUACAAACAGUACUUCCAGGAGGAAGAGCAGUAUGGUACGGAUGAGAAGAAGCGACCAGGUCGGCCGAAGAAUGCAGAGACACUGUUCGGAUUGGAGGGUUCCUUCCGGAAGCUCGAAGUGGAUUGAGCUGAGCACCUGGUGUGGCUUCAAUCAUGGAACCAGGAGGAACUGUGCUCAGUUAUGUUUUGCUGCCUGAGCAAAAGAACCGUUGGAUAGCAUUUUUGAUUGGCUAUCCUGGUGAAGCGCCAGCCAUAAAUUUAAUCAAAUCCGCCGUUUCACAAUCGAACCGCUACAGACACUGAUUGAACAUUGCCAAAUGUCAAGCGAAAUGACAAAAUAAACAUCCUA